GCGACAACGGACAUCCCGUUGUCUGAGCGCGACCACCACAGGCGCAUAUAUCUACUCGUCCAAUUUACUGCGUCGACAACCUCCUGGGACAUCACUCGAUACAUAUGCCUAAAGCUGGUUCUCAACAGUGUUUUCGCCUGCAGGUGACUGGACUGCGGCGAAGUACUUCAACUGCGUUAUUGUUGGAACGCCUUGCCAAAGAACCGGCCUUCGCUGACCAGGAACUGAGCAAUCCUAUCAGGCUAACAUCCUCUAACGCCAAUGGCACAAAGAAACACCUCUUCUUUGUCACCGUCACCGGACCUCCGUUGUCAUCCGAAAUGCCCACAAUAUUGGGGAUGAAGCAAGGAACGUCGUUGACGACGCUCUGGCUGGCCAACAAGGGUGACCCAACCCCGCCGAGCAGCAGGCGUGCUUCCCCUGUUGCUUCGCCCAACUCGUCUCCAAAGGCAUCAUGGCGUUUCCCGAAAGAGCGAACUCCGUCCCCGCCUCGAGCGCGUACGCCUACGCUUCAGCCGGCCAUCCUGCCCCCUGCAAUUCCCCAAAAUGGCUUCAUCACCCCGCACCAGCGCGCCUUGUCCCCCACCUCUCAUAUGUCACAGUCCCCCCUCGCGAGCCACGGGUUCGUAGCCUCACCUCCUUCCGCUUCUCCUUCCAGUAGCGGCCGUUUCACUGCUCCCUUCCAGACAUUCGAACCCCAGGCACUGGCACCAAUCACGUCCCCUUCCCAGCAAGAGCCGAAGGACGUCAAUAUGGACACAGGGACGAACGGGGAAUCGCCCAGCUGGCUUAGCUACCUUAACAGCUCGCCGUCUUUCAGCAUGUCCUCGUUUCACUCGCAUUCCCCUGCGCACUCCGUGCCCGUUCACUCGCGGACGCCCAACAAUUCGCCUGCGACACCGAUCACUCCUGUCACACUCCCACCGACUCCCGCGAAGCCGUAUAUCCCAUGGCAAGACUCGGGGAUGUCCUUCACCCACCUCUCUGAUCAGGAAGCGGUAGAUCGCCUUACAAUGCUCCUCGCGAGUUGCAAGCCGUUUCUCGAGGACCCGACCUAUGGGAGCUGCCAGGAAGAGGCGGUCCGUCGGGCUUGGGGAGACUUGGAAUGGAGGGGAAAUGUGAGGGAAUUGGGAGAGGCUUUGAAUAGGUUAGAGGAGAAUGAUGUGUUGGUGCAUUGUGUUGAUCGCAUUGCAAAGAAUGAAACCGCAUGA